AUGCAGCUCAAGCAAGCUAUUGAGGCUCUGCGGCCUCUGCAGGGAGAAGUAAUUCCUAUCCGGACGGUUCAAGAGACCCGGCCGCCUGAGGAAUUUGCCGAUGCCUACGCCGCCGAGGUCAAUGUCAAAGCUGCGUCUAAAGUUGUCAAGGCUCUCGACUCGGCCUUCCCCCGCGACCCCGCCCUCUCCCUGGGCCACCUGCGACGAUUCUCUAAGCGGGAGAAUCUCCCGGCACCACUCAAAGCCGCAAUUGAGGAGGAUCGAUCAUUCUCAAAGACACCAGCACAGACAAUCUUCGUGCUGAUCUCACCUCCAGUCCCGGACCUCGAUCAGGUGCAAGCAGUGCUCGCCCCAUUCGCACCCGCCUCUUCUCCCUCAGCAAGAAAUACCCCUUCAGAUGCAUCUUCUCCCGAGCUCACGACUCCGAAGAUCAACCUGAUCCCUACCAAAGUCCCCAUCCAACCCCCAUUCAACAUUACCCAAGCCGAAAAUUGGAGCAACAAUCUUUGGCCUGUGGUCUUCAACGCUGCGGCCCCGCGCGCAACCAUCGCACCGCCUCCCCAGGUCCUAAACCGCGCUCAGGAACAUAUCAGCACACAGGCAGGGUACUACCUCUCACUUGCGCGCAAAGUCGCCGAAGAGGCAGAGCAAUCUGGCCAUGGCCGCGGCGUCGGUGCAGUGAUCGUCGACCCAGCCAUUGAGACUCAUAUUGACGCUAUCUCCUGGGGCGCAGAUUGGAACCCUAGGGACCGAUGGAUGGAAGCUGUGGUCGCAGUCGGUGGCGAUGCUAGAUACGGCCGGGGCGAGGCUGGUGCUCCUUCACAGAAAGACCUCCACCCCGGUCUCGUGCCCAACCCGGCCAGCACAACGUACGACGCUGACCUAGAGGGUGGCCCUGAUCUCCACGCCUUGAUGCGUGCUACGGAGCUUGUUGCCCGCCGUCGCCGGGAAGAUGCGGUCCAUGAGGCUGCCAUGGAAUCGCUCACUCCUCCGGCUAUCGUUGCGACAGAUCCGCAACUGUCGACUCAGCUCAGUCCUCUCGAGUCUUACUUCUUGUAUGACGCCGACACGCCGUCUGCACACCCUCCUCCUGAGCCUUCCUCGCCGAAGAAGAGGAAGCACGAAGAACCCAACCCCGAGAUCCGUGCUACACAGGUAGAAAUCAGCGACGAUACGGAUCCUCAGUCUAUCUCAUCUGCACCCCUCCCUGCCCCUCCCCCUUCAACAACCGCCCUCGCCGACCCAAUAAUCGCCGCACGCACCAACGCCCCCGAAUGGCCCUCUGACCCCUUCUCUGACUCAACAAUACCCCCAUCCUCCCGAAUCCGCACCCGCGCCCAAGGCGGCUACCUCUGCACCGACCUAGAUGUUUACAUGUCCCACGAACCCUGCCUCUGCUGCUCAAUGGGAAUUCUCCUGUCCCGCUUCCGCGCCGUAAUCUUCCCGCGCUCUGGACGAAUGAAGAGCGGUGGUCUUGCAUCCGAGCCUGUGGGUCCCACCACUGACGAAGAGUCUGCUCACAAUGAGUCUGUCGUGGCCACCGAUACAGAAGAUGAGCGUCUGUACUAUGGACUUCACUGGCGUAAGGAGCUGAACUGGCGCGCCCUGGGAUUCGAGUUUGUGGAAGAGGCUGAUGGUGUGGAUGGGCAUGAGGGCGUGGCUUUUCAUGCUUGA